AUGGAUAUGGGCCACUGCAAGGGUGAGCAUACCUGUCUCCUCUGUCUGGCCCUUCUGCUCUUCCUGCCUCUUACUGAGGUCUGUUGUCAAAGCCCUCAGGAACCUGGAGUUGCCAGUUUCUUCUUUUUCACACAGUCUGUCUAUAAUGCCACCAUUUAUGAGAAUUCUGCUGCCAGAACCUACCUUAACAGUGAGGUUAGAAUGGGAAUCACUUUGGCUGUCCGGUCUUGGGAGAUCAAGUACUGGAUUGACUCUGGUGAUGAAGAGGGGCUUUUCAUUGCAGAGGAAUACGUUUUGGGAGAUUUUUGUUUUUUGCGCAUUAGGACCAGAGGUGGAAACUCUGCCAUCCUUAACAGGGAAAUACAGGACCGUUACUUGCUAACCGUGAAGGCCACUGCAAAAGGAGGCCUGGAGGCAUCAAGCAAAGUGACUGUGCAGGUACUGGAUAUGAAUGACCUUCGUCCUCUGUUUUCGCCAACUGCAUACUCUGUCACGAUUUCUGAGAGCACCCCUCUGGGGACCAAUGUGGCACAGGUGACAGCUACUGAUGCCGACAUUGGCUCCAAUGGAGAAUUCUACUACCUCUUCAGAGAGACCGUGGAAAUGUUUGCCAUCCACCCUACGAAUGGCAUAAUCUUCCUCAGUGGCAAGCUCAAUGUUGACAAGCAGAAAAGAUACGACCUUGAGGUCUUAGCCAUUGACAGAGGAAUGAAACCUUAUGGGAAUAAUGAUGUGAGCAGCAUGGCAAAGCUCUCUAUCCGUGUGGAGCGCAUCAAUGAGUACACCCCCACCUUGAGUGUGAUCACAACUGUCCCCUCAUUGCAGGACAAAAAUCCAGUCUAUGCUGUGGUUACUGUUGAGGACCAGGAUGAGGGGUUAAAUGGAGAUAUUGAAUGGGUUUCCAUUGUGGCUGGAGAUCCCUUGGAACAAUUUGUUGUAGAUCGGUCAGCGGUGGGAAAUGAAUACAAGAUAAAGGCUUCGGAGCCUGUUGACUGGGAUAGUUUCCCAUAUGGCUGUAACCUUACCAUCCAGGCCAAAGACAGGGGUUCACCACCAAAGUUCUCAGACUUGCAGGUAGUACAAUUGUUGAUAAAAAGACCCCAGCCCAUUGAGGUGAAGUUUGAAAAGGAUGUUUAUCAAGCUACGUUCAGGGAAAUUUCACCUCCUGGUUCUAUUGUAGUGACUGUAAGCCUUUUCCCCAAACCUCUUAGAUCAAAAUAUACUCUGAGUCCUUCUGCGGAUUCUGAAUUUUUCAAGAUAAACCCCCAAACUGGUGUAAUCACAACAGCUCAACCAUUUACUAUGGUAAAGCAGGAGGUCUUCGAAUUGAAGGUUGUUGAGGUGAAUAGUAGAUUAAAUACAAAAGUGCUGAUAACCAUAGAGGAUGCUAAUGACAAUACCCCCAGGUUUAGCCAGCCUUCUUAUAACGUGUCUAUCAGUGAAAACAUACCCAUUGGUACAAGCAUCCUCACAGUGGCUGCAGUGGAUGAUGACACAGGUGAAAAUGGAUUCAUAACCCAUAGCAUAGCCAGCCCCCAGUCUCUACCCUUCAUGGUUGACCCCUUUACUGGUGUCUUAAGGACAACAAAAGAACUGGACUUUGAGUCUUCACCAGAGAUUUACACAUUUUUUGUCAGAGGGUCUGACUGGGGAUCACCUUACAGGCGUGAAAGUGAAGUAAAUGUGACUGUUGGUUUGCUAAAUGUUAAUGACAAUAAGCCAGUGUUUGAAAAGGUUGCCUGCCGGGGAGUGAUUUCUCGUGAUUUCCCUGUUGGGCAGAUGAUAAUCACAAUGUCUGCCAUAGAUGUAGAUGAGCAGGAUCCAAUUAAGUUUAAGCUCCUCUCUGGAAACGAGCAAGAUUUCUUUAACUUGAACCCUGACUCAGGUGUUCUGUCUUUGCGAAGAUCUCUGGCUACUGCUAAUCCAAAAAAUGGGGUCUUCAGUUUAAAAAUAACUGCCACAGAUGGAGAAUACUUUGCAGUUCCUACAUUUGUAAAUAUGUCAGUUGUGCGUGGAAGAACAGCCUAUAAGAGCUUGAACUGCAGGGAGACUAGAGUUGCUCAAAAGAUAGCUGAAAAACGGUUGAAAAAAGCUAAUGGUGGCAGGAAGCCAACAGUUGAUGAGGGAAAUACUGACAUCUUUUCUGUUAAUAGGCAGACUCCACAGUUUGAGGCCUUUCCCUCUGACAUAUCAGUGCGUGAGGACCUCAAAAUUGGAGCAAGUGUCAUUAAGGUCAAAGCAUAUGAUGGAGACACUGGUUUCAAUGGUCAGAUCAUGUAUGCAAUAUCUGAUGGCAACCAAGACAGCUGUUUCAACAUUGACAUGGAAAGUGGUUUGAUAACUGUCUUCCUGCCCUUGGAUCGUGAAAAAACAGACAGGUACCGCCUCAAUGUAACAAUUUAUGAUUUGGGUCAACCUCAGAAAUCUAGCUGGCGUUUGGUGAAUGUGAAUGUGGAGGAUGCCAAUGAUAAUGAGCCAAAGUUCCUACAGGACAGCUACAGUACUACAAUACCUGAGGAUACAGUCAUCGGCACAGAGGUCACUAAGGUCCAGGCCACAGAUGCAGACUUGGGGAGGAAUGGUGAAAUUUACUACACAAUGUUAACAAGCACCACUCCAUUUGGGAUUCACAGCUCAACUGGAAUUGUUUAUGUUGCUGGCCAGCUUGACCGAGAACUCAUUUCAGCGUUCAGCCUUAGAAUUGAAGCACGUGACAAGGCAGAGAUAGGCAGCCAGAAGUUCUCUGUGACUACACUGACAGUAUCUCUGGAGGAUGUCAAUGACUGUCCCCCUGCUUUCAUCCCAAAUUACUACAACACCCGCAUUCCAGAGGAUCUCCCUGUGGGCACCAUCAUCACCUGGCUGGAUUCCCAAGACCCUGACCUGGGGACAGGUGGCCAGGUCAGAUACACCCUGGUUAACAGCUUCACCGGGAUGUUUGAGGUUCAUAGAGAGAGCGGGGCAGUCAGACUGGCUAAGGAGCUUGAUUAUGAGGAAAGACAGUUCUACAACCUGACAGUGCAAGCCACAGACAACGGCCGACCCGUGUCCUUAAGCUCUGUCUCAUUUGUGGAGGUGGAGGUAGUAGAUGUAAAUGAGAACCUGUACGCACCUUACUUUUCUGAUUUUGCCCUGAAGGGCUCAGUGAAGGAAAACUCCCGGGUUGGCACCAGUGUGCUGAAAGUCAUUGCCAAGGACAACGACCAGGGAAAAGAUGGAGAAAUCCGGUACUCGAUAAGGGAUGGGAGCGGCAUGGGCAGGUUCUCUAUUGAUGAGGAAACAGGAAUUAUCUACACCACAGACACUCUAGACCGUGAGACCAAAGACUCAUAUUGGCUGACAGUCCGUGCCUCAGACAGGGGGGUGGUGCCUCUGUAUAGCACCAUCGAGAUCUACAUCCGGGUGGAGGAUGUGAAUGACAAUGCGCCGCUGACCUCUGACCCCAUCUACCACCCGACGGUUAUGGAGAACUCGCCCAAGGAUGUAUCCGUCAUCCAGAUCCAGGCCCAGGACCUUGAUGGCACCACAUCUGCAGAGCGUCUCAGCUACCGCAUAUCCAGUGGGAACCCACAGAACUUCUUUGCCAUGAACCACAAGACAGGUCUGAUAACCACAACCUCAAGAAAAUUGGACCGAGAGCAGCAGGCUGAGCAUUUUUUGGAGGUAACAUUCAUGGACAUGGGCCAGGCCUCCAGGCAGUCCACCAUCUGGGUGAUUGUGCACGUUCUGGAUGAGAAUGACAACAGUCCACAGUUCCCAGAGAAGUUCUACCAGAUCAGCCUUCCCGAGCGAGACCGCAACAAGAGAGGGGACCCCGUUUACAGAAUGUUCGCCUACGACCUAGAUGAGGGCCCUAAUGCUAACCUCACCUACAGCAUUGUGGAUGGAAAUGAGGACAACAAGUUCGUCAUUGAUCCCCUAACCGCUGUGGUUUCUUCCAGGAAGAAAGUUACCGCCGGGAGUUUUGACUUACUCUCUAUAAAAGCUACUGAUAAUGGGAGCCCCCAGAAGUGGGCCACAGCACAGCUGCACAUCAAGUGGAUCCGCAAACCUGUGCCCUCACUACCGCCCCUGCUGUUUAGUGAGCCAUACUACAACUUUAACAUCACAGAGGACAGCAAAGUAGCCAAGAUAGUGGGUGUGGUCUCCACACAGCAGCGUGACACCCCCCUGUGGUUUGAUAUCACUGGUGAUGGACCCUCCCUGGAAAUGUUCUAUGUUGAUCAGAGAUCUUGUGUGAGGGACUGUUCCACAGCAGAGAAAUUUGGCAGCCCAUUUGAUAAUACAAAAGGGGUGGGGACCAUCGUCAUUGCAAAACCACUGGAUGCCGAGCUCCAGUCCUUCUACAACAUAACUGUGGAGGUGACAGAUGGGACCAACACUGCCUCCACACAGGUGUUCAUCACAGUUCUAGACAGCAACGACAACCCACCAGUCUUCUCCCAGCCAGCCUAUGAGGUGACCGUCUCCGAGGACACGCCCGCGGACACAGAGGUGCUCCGUGUCCAGGCCACGGACAGAGAUAAGAGGAGCAGGCUGAGCUACUCCCUCCACAGCAGCGUGGACCCGGCCAGCAUACGCAUGUUCCGCAUCAGCCCCGGCACCGGGGCCGUCUACACCGCCGACCGACUGGACCACGAGGCCUGCUCUCAGCACAUCCUCACUGUCAUGGUAAAGGAUCAGGAGUUCCCGUACCACAGAGACCUGGCACGGAUCCUGGUGUCUGUACAGGAUGCAAAUGACCAAGCCCCCUACUUUACCAGUGUUUUCUACGAGGGGUUGGUGUAUGAUUCAGCUGAAGUGGGCUCCCUUGUGCUCCAGGUGACUGCACUGGACGGGGACAAGGGGAAGAACAGUCAGCUCCUUUAUUCCAUCGAAGCAGGCAAUACCGGAAACAUAUUCUGUAUUGAUCCAGCCUCUGGCAUCAUCUCUAUCGUCCGAGAGCUUGAUCUCAUAUCCAUCGGGCGUUAUGUCCUCAGCGUUCGAGUGACAGACGGCGGCUUCCCUCCCAUGAGCACAACCACCACUGUCCACAUUGCUGUCACCCUUUCUGACAACUCUAGCCCCAAGUUCCUCCAAAGGGAAUACCAGGCUGAGGUUAAUGAAAAUGUAGCUGUUGGAACUCUGGUCACCACAAUCAGUGCUGUGAGCCGCUUUACUCUGAUUUAUGACAUAAAGCAGGGGAAUACAGACAGAACAUUCAAGAUCAACCCCUAUACUGGGGUCAUAACAACUCAGAGACCUCUGGACUAUGAGAGCACUGAUUCCUAUGUACUUACAAUACAGGCCACCAACAUGGCAGGUAUGGCCUCCAGUACAACUGUUAGUAUUCAGGUAGUGGAUAAGAAUGACAACUUUCCCAUCUUUCAGCAGCUGCAGUACACAGGCAGCAUCAGUGAGGCUGCUCCCAUCAACAGCGUGGUCCUCUCCACUGAUGGCAGGCCACUGGUAAUAAAGGCCACAGAUGCUGACAGGAAUGGCAAUGCCUUGCUAGUUUACCAGAUCAUGGAAGACACUGCAAAAAUGUUUUUCUCUGUGGAUUCUGGCACGGGAUCAAUAAGAACCAUUGCCAACUUGGACUUUGAGACAAUUAGCAGCUUUAAUUUCAGGGUUCACGUGAGGGACAGCGGGGUGCCGCAGCUGACUGCCGAGAGCCCUGCUCAGGUCACCAUACAAGUGGUUGACAUCAAUGACUCCCCUCCCAGGUUCUCCCAGGAUGUGUAUGAAGCAGUCCUGCUACUACCCACAUACAUUGAUGUUGAGGCCCUGAAGGUGUCAGCCAUUGACCCUGACCAGAACAUCCCGACUCAGCUGACAUACUCCCUGACGGACACCAACAUGCAACAUUUUGCCAUUGAACCUAGCAAUGGCAUCCUGACUGUGAAGAACAGCAAUUUCUCCAAGGAUCGCUACAGGUUCAGCUUAACUGUCUCUGAUGGUAGGUUUUCCAGCACAGCACUUGUCACAGUGUUGGUCAGAGAGGCUAUUGAAAGUGGCCUCUCUUUCACACAGAAUGUGUACUCCACAAGUGUUCAGGAGAACAUCACCAAUGUGACCACUUUGGCAGUAGUAACUGCCUCUGGAAGUCGUCUCAAUGAACCCCUGAAAUACAGCCUACUGAAUGCUGGGACAAAGUUCAAGAUCAGAACCACAUCUGGGGUGAUACAGACAACUGGAGUGCCCUUCGACAGGGAGGAGCAGGAGCUGUAUGAGCUAGUUGUGGAGGUGAGCCGGGAGUAUGACCGGCUACGGGUGGCGAGAGCAAUGGUGAGGGUCCAGGUGGACGACAUUAAUGAUAAUGCCCCAGAGUUUACUGGCCUUCCAUAUUUUGCUGUUGUGCAGGUGGACGCUGAGCCUGGGUCAUCAAUAUUUCGAGUUAUGGCUUCAGACCAGGAUAAAGGGAAAAAUGGAGAGGUCUCCUAUUAUUUAAAGGAGGAGCACAGACACUUCAAUAUUAACAGACUCACAGGUGAGCUCACUCUGAAGAAAACCUUUGAGGUGGACUUGUCCAAUGUAGAGCACCAAGUGAUUGUUUUUGCCAAAGACGGUGGGUACCCUCCUCUUCUCACUGCUGUGGAGUUUCCAAUCACUGUGGUUAACAGAGCCAUGCCUAUUUUUGAUAAGCCAUUCUAUGGAGUCUCAGUCAGUGAGAACGUGGCUUUGCUCACCCCCAUCUUGGGAGUUAAGGCCACCAGCCCUGAGGGUGAAAACAUGAUAUAUACCAUUGUAGAUGGGGACCCCUCUUCACAGUUCAACAUUGGCUUCAACACUGGCAUUAUUAGUGUUGUUUACCCACUGGACUUUGAGGUCACCUCUUCUUAUAAGUUGACCGUCAGGGCGACAGACAUGCUCACAGGCGCCCGAGCAGAGGUUGGUGUGGAUGUGACUGUGCUGGAUGUGAAUGAUAACCCUCCUGUGUUCCAGAGAGCCUUGUAUGGGACUGUCCUGGCUGAAACUUCUAUCAUUGGGACCCCAGUCCUGCAGGUUAUGGCAACAGACAGGGAUUCUGGAAAGAACAAUUUAAUCAGAUAUCAGAUCCUGCCAGACACUUACAACAGCAUAGACUAUUUCCACAUAGACAGCAGCAGCGGGCUAAUUCUGACAGCCCGCUUGCUUGACCACGAGUUGAUUCGGUACUACAGCCUUUCUAUCAGGGCAACUGAUAAUGGGGUUCCUGCUCUGAGUAGUGACACCACGGUCACUGUCACUGUGAUUGAUGGAAAUGACAACCCUCCCAUCUUCAGCCAGCCUCUCUACGAGUCAUACAUCAGUGAAUUGGCUCCAAAGGGGCACCUUGUGACCUGUGUCCAGGCAUCUGAUGCGGACAGGUCUGACUUCGACAAGCUGAAGUACAGUAUCCUGUCUGGGAAUGAGAGGAUGAACUUUGAAAUAGAUGAGAAAGUUGGCGCUCUCACCCUGUCCAGCCAGCGAAGGCAGGGCAUGGAGCCCAUGUACAGCUUGAAUGUGUCUGUGUCUGAUGGGGUUUUCACCAGUACUGCCCAGGUACUCAUCAGAAUCCUGGGAGCCAACCUCUAUAGCCCUGUCUUCAACCAGCGGUUCUACCUAGCCCAAGUGCGAGAGAAUGCUCCUGUGGGGUCCAGCGUUAUCCGAAUCAAAGCCACUGAUGAGGACUCCGGACUCUUUGGCCAGGUUACUUACUCCUUCAUCAAUGACCUGGGCAAAGCUCAGUUCAACAUUGACAUAGAUGGUCUGAUAACAAUGGUGCAGGUGCUAGACAGGGAGAGUCCAGCUAACAGAGACAUUGUUCUGACAGCUAUGGCUAUGGAUGGUGGAGGGAGGGCAUCCUUCUGUUCUGUCAGAGUAAUACUGCUGGAUGAGAAUGACAAUGCUCCACAAUUUAAGGCCCUGGAAUAUAGGGCAAGUGUCAAAUCCAAUGUAGCCAAGGGGUCACUAGUCACUCAAGUACAAGCCUAUGACCCUGAUGAAGGUGCCAAUGGUAAAGUUACCUACUCACUCUACAGUGAAGCACACAUCCCUGUAGUGGACACACUGGACAUAGAUUUCGAAAAUGGCUGGAUGGUAACCAAAGGCAGCUUUAGCCAUCUGAAAAACUCCAUCCUCUCCUUCUUUGUGAAAGCCUCAGAUGGUGGAGUCCCCAUGAAGCACUCUUUGGUGUCAGUGUUCAUCCAUGUCCUUCCUCCUGAGAUCCCCGUUCCAUCCUUUACCCAGCCACAGUAUUCCUUCACUGUCCCGGAGGACAUGCCUGUUGGGACCACAUUGGGCUCAGUCCUGCUGGUCCCUGCCCGCACAGCUGUUUUUAGCAUAGUCUUUGGGGAGACCAAUGAGAGCAACAAAGGAAAUGUGUUCAUAGUGGAUAGGGAAGCAGGUGUUAUACAGCUGAACAAGCCUCUGGACCAUGAGGCCAUCAGCAUCUUCCGUUUUAAAGUGUCUGCAACCAUUAAGCUAGCCCAGAUGGAAUCUGUCUCAGUUGUGGAUGUGGAAGUGAAAGUACUAGAUCUUAAUGACAACAAGCCCUCAUUUGAGACUAGUUCCUACGACGCAAUGGUUAUGGAAAGAAUGCCAGCUGGGACCAGGGUAAUACAAGUACGAGCCCUUGACCCAGACUGGGGUUCUAAUGGUCAAGUCACCUACAGUCUGGCCACACGUCCAAACUCAGGACCAGACUGGAACUCGGAAUUGUUCUCUGUUGACAGCAAAACUGGCUGGAUUACUACCCUCAAAGAACUUGAUCAAGAGACUUGUUCAUUGUAUACAUUCGUAGUGGUAGCAUCUGACCUUGGGGAGAUAGUCUCCCUGUCCUCAACUGCUGUGGUGAUGGUUACCAUUGCCGAUGUCAACGAUAACCCACCCAAAUUUGAAAAAGAUUACUACAGAGGUGCAAUUCAAGAAAGCGAUCCCCCGGGAGAGGUGGUAGCACUUCUAAGCAUACGAGAUGGAGACAGCUCUGAUAUCAACCGUCAAGUCAGCCUCCACAUUACAGGGGGAAAUCCAGCAGGGGUGUUUGCAUUGGGGCUGGUUGGAGGAGAGUGGAAGAUAUAUGUGAAUAGGCCAUUGGAUCGGGAGGAGAAGGACCAAUACCUUCUCAAUAUCACUGCCAGUGAUGGGCUCUUCAUGACGAGAACUGUGGUGGAGGUGACCGUAAUGGACACAAAUGACAACAGCCCAAUCUGUAACCAGACCCUGUAUAGUACUUCGUUCCCUGAGGACAUUCCCCUCAAUAGCAUCAUCCUAACAGUGGGAGCUACAGAUGCAGAUAUCGGAACUAACUCUGAGAUCCAGUACUCCUUGUUUGGCAUUGGUGUUGAGGACUUCUAUAUGGAUACAAACACUGGGGAACUGAAGACUGCUGUGGCCCUUGACCGGGAGAAGACCCCUCGAUACAAAUUGAUUGCCCAGGCAACGGAUGGAGGGGGGCGGUUCUGCCGCUCAGAGAUCUCCCUGACUCUCCAAGAUGUAAAUGACAACCCUCCGUCCUUCUCUGCCUCCCGUUACGCAGCAAGUGUCUAUGAGAACACAGCCCCAAAAUCCCUGUUGACUCGUCUUCAGGCUAAUGACCCAGAUGAAGGCAGGAACCGGAAGGUGACAUAUUCCCUGGUGGAUUCAGCAGGAGGCUUAUUUUCCAUUGAUGAGUCCUUGGGGAUUGUUAUUCUGGAGAGGCCCCUUGACCGGGAGUUACAGUCAUCCUACAGCAUCACAGUCUGUGCCUCUGACCAGGGCGUGGGUGUGGUGCUGUCCUCCAUGGUUGAUCUGGCCAUCACGGUGCUAGAUGUCAAUGACAACCCACCUGUAUUCCAGAGACGGGACUACACAGCCACAGCAUCUGAGGAUGUCACAGUGGGAACAGAAUUAUUGCGUGUCUAUGCCACUAGUGAGGACAUUGGAGUAAAUGCGGAGAUCUACUACAGUAUCCGCUCUGGCAAUGAGCUUGGGAAUUUUGAGAUCAAUGUUUUGACUGGCUCCAUCUCAGUUGUGAAACCUCUAGACUUUGAGGUGUGCAAAGACUACUACCUGACUGUGGAGGCCUGGGAUGGAGGCACCCCACCUCUGGGUGCAGUCACCACAGUGGCAAUCAAACUGACAGACGUGAAUGAUAACGCGCCCACUUUUAACCAGGAUGUCUACAAUAUUGUGGUCAGUGAGGAUGCUGCUGUUGGACAGUCCAUUGUUCAGUUAUUGGCAGAAGACCCGGACAGCCUGUUGAAUGGACAGAUUGUGCACUCCAUUGUAAGCGGGGACCAUGGGAAUCAGUUUGCCAUUGAUCCAACCUCUGGACUGAUGAGAGUCAACAAAGAGCUGGACAGAGAGAUGGUGUCUAGCUAUAACCUGGUGGUAGAGGCCCGAGACAGCGGAUCGCCCCCCAUGUCGUCCACAGUGACCAUCAACAUUGAUGUCUCCGAUGUGAACGACAACCCGCCCCUCUUCUCACAGUCCAAUUACACUGCUGCCAUUCAGGUAGACAAACCUGUUGGCACCAGCAUUCUGCAGCUGUCUGUCACAGACCAAGACUCCUCUCUUAAUGGCGCCCCCUUUGAGUUCCAAAUCAUCUCUGGGAACACGGAGAACGCCUUCAUCUUGGACCAGGCAGGGGUGUUCUGGUCAAACUGUAUCUUUGGGCUGGACGGAACAAGGGAAUACACCAUCCAGGUGCAGGCUAUGGACUCGGGGAAGCCCCGCCUUUCGUCUACUUCUUUCAUCUUCAUCUGUGUGACCGGGGAUAACCUCAACAGGCCUGUGGCCUUCCCCCUGGAAAUCAAGAUCGUCACAGCAACGGAUGAGUUCCCUGGGGGUGUUAUUGGGAGGAUCCAAGCCACUGACCGCGACGAGAACGACAUCCUGUCCUUCAGCUACAGGUCCCAGCACAGGAGCAUGUUCAAGAUGAACAGGCAGGACGGCCGCAUUGUGGCGACGGGGGGCUUGGGCGAGGGCAGGUACCUGCUGAAUGCUACUGUCAGCGAUGGUCGCUUCUACGUCACUGUGGAUGUGACCGUGGUCGUAGAGAAGGCAACCCCUGAAAUGCUCCAGAACAGCAUCACUGUACGCCUCGAAAACGUCGCCCCAGAGGACUUCGUCGGGCAGCACCUGCGGGACUUCAUGAGCACGCUGCGUGAGGUGGUUGGGGCCGUGGACGUACAGAGCCGGGACCCAGUGCACCUGCUCAGUCUCCAGCCCGUGCCUGGGACGUCCCAACUGGACCUGCUCCUAGCGGUGGAGGCCCAGGGCGGGGGCUACUAUAAGGCUGCCCAGCUGGCACGGUUGCUCGUUGUGUCCAGGAGGCGACUGGAGCGCUUGCUGCGGAUAUCAGCCAUUCUGGAUGGGAGCUGCUCGAGCUCGGAGUGCCAAGGGCAGCCCUGUGAGCAGAUGGUCCAGUUGGACCCCACCACCCCAGUGACCUACAGCACCGCCAGGGUCAGCUUUGUUUCUCCGCGCUUCAGCAGGACCGAACGAUGCACCUGCGUCGGCGAAGACUGCCCACCUACCCCGGAUCUGUGUGAGGGACUGUCUUGCCCAGGGGACAUGCAAUGCAUGGCCACACAGGGCACUCCAGGGCCUUAUGCCUGCCAGUGUUCUCCAGGCCAGCUGGGGCAAUGUACAGGUGAAACUUCUCUCACUUUCACUGGGAAUAGUUACAUUAAGUACCGAAUCACAGACAGCGGUAAAACCAGUGAGGUGAAGCUGGGAAUGAGAAUCAGGACGAUGCACAGCCAAGGUGUUCUCAUGUACACACGUGCUGACCCCUGUACUAUACUGAAGAUCGAGGAGGGAAAGCUGAGGUUCCAGGUGGACUGUGAUAACAGCCUGGGAAUCUCCGGGAGGCCUGUCAAUGAUGGGAUGUGGCAUGCCGUGUCUGUGGAGUUGAUGCAAAACUUUACCGUCCUGUCGCUGGACAAUAACUAUGUUGAACGUCAACGCCGACUUGCCUCUGUCCGCCCCUGGCCCCUGGGAGGCGAUGGAACCUUCUUUCUGGGAGCAAAGGUGCAGCCCUUAGACUCGGACCAGCGUGGAAUGGCAGAGAGGAGGGGCCCACGGGCUCUGGAUGGGUUCCGGGGGUGCCUGGACUCAAUGGUUCUGAAUGGAAGGGAACUGCCUCUGCAGAACAAACGUAGUCGGUACGCUGAGGUGACAGGCCUGACCGAGCUGAAGCUGGGAUGCGUGCUCUACCCUGACGCCUGCCAAAGGGGGCCCUGCCAGAACGGUGGCAGUUGUGUCAGCCUGCCAUCUGGUGGUUUUGAGUGCAGCUGCACCUCCAAGUUCACUGGGGGACGCUGUGAGACAGAGGUCACAGCUUGCAUCCCUAAUCCCUGUCAGAAUGGGGCCUGCAGGUCCACUGGGAGCAGCUUCUUGUGUGGCUGUCAGAGGGGCUUUACUGGUCUCACGUGUGAGGAGGAUGUGAACGAGUGUGAGCGGGAAGAGUGUGAGAAUGGAGGUGUGUGCGUCAACACAGUGGGGGCGUUCUACUGCAACUGCACAGCGGGCUACGAGGGGCCAUUCUGCGGGCAGCCCGUCGCGGUGCCACCGGACCUGCAGGCCGAGGCCCUCAACCUCCUGGGCCCGGUGGAGCUGAUCAGCAUCAGUGUGCUGUUGUUUGUCAUCCUCAUCCUUAUUGCGCUCUUCGUCGCCGUCCGUAAGAGGGUCUUCCCCAAGCGCUGCUCGCAGAGCGACGUGACGCUGUCCGCCGACCUGGCCACCGCAGUGGCUGCCUUCCCGCCACGCAGACUCGGCCCCCGCGGAUCGUUCCUGGAGGGCGGCGGUCCGCCGCAGGUGCUGGUGCGACCCACGGCCUACACCCUCCCCCGGGUACACAGCGGCCUGCGCGUUGACCUGGACGGUGUGGCCGACGGGAUGGGCGUAGGGCACAUGCCGGCAUCCGCCCUCCACACAGAGUCGCCCUACGCUCUCACUGCACGGAGGGGCAUAGCGGUCUGCAGCGUUGCCCCGAACCUCCCCCGCGUCUCACCCUGCCGCUCCGUCUGCAGCUCCACAUGUAAGUGGGUGGGAGGAGGGCAGGGCAUGGUGGACAUGGUUGAGGAGGUCACCAGUUUCUCAGGCAGCAACUCUGAAGUCCAGUCUCUCAGCUCCCUCCUGUCUGACUCCUAUGAUGAUGACGCCUCCGUAGUGACCGUCGUCCCACUGGCCAAUGAUGCGAUCAACAACGAAGUGUCAGUCAUGGAUCAACAACAGAGCUAUAACACAGCUUACCUUUGGAACACGCCCAACUGGAGGUCUGCUUCACGCCUCCUCGAAAUCAAUGACAUCCCCAGACGUGAGUCCUGGGGCAGCGCCCGCGAAUUGGAGACAGCUGACUACCUGGUGGGGCACAUCACUGACGACGGCAACCCAGAGCUACCCCUGCCACUCCCUGAGGGUCACUAUGAUACUCCUCCCGCAGCUCGCCCGGCCUUCGUGGAGAGCCCCCUGACCGGCCGCCGUAUCUACCCACACUUUCGCCCUGGCAGUUUCCAAGGGAGAGAUGGUGACCAGGGAGUGUGGGCUGGGGAGCUUGGCACUUACGCGUCGGUGAGCUCGCUGCAUGAACUGGAGACCGAAAGGCCGCCAGCCAGCGUGUCUCCCACUGUCCGUCUGUCUAACAACUCCUCCUCCUCCGCGCACUCAGACUCGGAGACGGGCAGCAGUGAUUACGAGAGCGUAGACGAGUGCUUGGCGGAGUCACAUCUUGCAUUAAUGGGGGCCCGGCGCCGGACUCAGGUGUGA